CGCGGAGCCCUUGGGGGGGGCGGAGGAGGGGCGCCCUUCCCCCCGCGCGCUGAUUGCUGUGGCGCCCUGCCCGUCCCCGCCCGCGUGUGUGAGAGCUAGUGCGCGGGGUCGGCCCGAUGGGGGUAACCGAGGGUUUCGGGGACGUAGAGCGGCGCUUUCCUCUUCCCUGUGAGUGAGGGAGGGAAGUCGGAGGCUCUUGCACGCGGCCACUUUCCCUGCACGGUUCCUGGAGCUCCUUGCAGGAGGUGAAAGUCCCGGGCCGGCGGGCGGGUCCGGAUGGCGUAGUUGCACCAAGGCGCUGCAGCUGCCGAGCUCGCUGCCGCCACUGCCGACCGCAGGGCGGGGGAAACUUUCCUUGGCUUCCCUCUAACUUGCAGAGGGUGGACCUCCGCUUGACACACCGCCUCCGAGGCAAUUUGAUAAUUGGAAAGAAGGCUUCUAAAAUCACUUCUGAUUUGGAGUGAUUUCUACAGUCUGCGGUAACUAGAGGCUGAAAUAACUGGAUGAGACAUACUGUUGAAGAAAUAAAAAUGACUUCUCAAUAUGUGAUUGCCAUGUUUGCCCUGAUGAGUUCCUGUUUAGCCACUGCAGGUCCAGAGCCUGACACACAGUGUGAACUGUUGCCCGUCAAUGCUUCCCAUCCGGUCCAGGCCUUGAUGGAGUGCUUCACUGUUUUGUCUGGCUGUGCCAGCAGAGGCACGACGGGGCUGCCACAGGAGGUGCACAUCCUGAAUCUCCGCGCUGCUAACCAGGAGCCCAGUCAGCUGCAGAGAGAGGUCACCCUGCACCUGAAUCCCAUUUCAUCAGUCCACAUUCAUCAGAAGCCUGUUGUAUUCUUGCUUAACUCCCCUCAGCCCCUACUCUGGCAUCUGAAGACAGAGAGGCUUGCAGUCGGGGUCUCCAGACUUUUCUUGGUAUCUAAGGGUUCCAAGGUCCAGUUUUCAUCAGGAAAUUUCUCCUUGUCAGCAGAAGCAGAAGAAAGGAGCUUCCCUCAUGGAAAUGAACAUCUGUUAAACUGGGCUCGAAAGGAGUAUGGUGCAGUCACUUCAUUCACUGAACUCAGGAUAGCCAGAAACAUCUAUAUCAAAGUGGGGGAAGAUCAAGUGUUCCCUACCACGUGCAACAUUGGGAAGAAUUUUCUGUCCCUCAAUUACCUUGCUGAGUACCUGCAGCCCAAAGCAGCAGAAGGGUGUGUGAUGUCCAACCAGCCCCAGGAUAAGGAAGUUCACAUCAUUGAGUUAAUCAACCCCAAUUCUAACCCCUACAGUGUUUUCCAGGUGGAUAUUAUAAUUGACAUAAGACCUUCUCGAAAGGAUCCCGAGGUGGUCAAAAAUCUCAUCCUGAUCUUGAAGUGUAAAAAGUCUGUCAACUGGGUGAUCAAAUCUUUUGAUGUAAGGGGAAGCCUGAAAGUUAUUGCUCCGAAUAGUAUUGGCUUUGGGAAAGAGAGCGAAAGAUCCAUGAUAAUGACCAAAUCAGUAAGAGAUGACAUUCCUUCAACCCAAGAGAAUUUGGUUAAAUGGGCUUUGGACAAUGGUUACAGUCCUAUAACAUCAUAUACAGUGGCUCCUGUGGCCAAUAGAUUCCAUCUUCGGCUUGAAAAUAAUGAGGAGAUGAGAGAUGAGGAAGUCUAUACCAUCCCUCCUGAGCUACAAAUCCUGCUGAGCUCGGACACGCUGCCUAUCCGGGGAGGAGGAGGCCAAAAUGGAGGUUUCCCUUUCCCCUUGCCUGGCUUACCCAGGAAAGGCCGGAAGGAAGGGGGACAAGAUGGAAUCCCCCAGCGAAAGGACUCCAUUAUGCCCAGCAUACACCUGAUUCCUAGACCCAGAGAGCCUGAAGAGAUGCAGGGGCGUAUGGACAUUGCCCUGUCAGUCAGAUGUGACAAUGAAAAGAUGAUUGUGGCUGUGGAAAAAGAUUCUUUUCAGGCAAAGAGUUACUCUGAGAUGGAGCUCACAUUGUUGGAUCCUUCCUGCAAGGCCAGGAUGAACAGCACCCACUUCAUUUUGGAAUCUCCAAUGAAUGGCUGUGGUACUCGACACCAGCAGCUGGCUCCUGAUGGUGUGGUUUAUUAUAACUCUAUUGUAAUACAGGUCCCAUCUCCUGGGGAUAGCAGUGGUUGGCCAGAUGGUUAUGAAGAUUUGGAGUCAGGUGACAGUGGAUUUCCAGGAGAUGUGGAUGAAGGAGAUGCUCCUUUCUCUAGUAGGCCUGCAAUUGUGUUCAACUGCAGUCUGCAAAAGGCUAGGAAUCCCAGUACUUUCCAAGACACUCCCAAUGGAAACAUCACCUUCAACAUGGAACUAUACAACACAGAUCUGUUUCUGGUGCCCUUCCAGGGGGUCUUCUCUGUGGCAGAAAAUGGACCCGUUUAUGUCGAGGUGUCUGUUACGAAGGCAGACCAAGAUCUGGGAUUUUCCAUCCAGACAUGCUUUGUCUCUCCUUACUCAAACCCUGAUAGGAUGUCUGAUUAUACCAUCAUUGAGAACAUUUGUCCUAAAGAUGACUCUGUGAAAUUCUAUAAUCCCAUGAGAGUGCAUUUUCCUACCUCACAAGCUGAGAUAGAUAAGAAGCGAUUCAGCUUUGUUUUUAAGUCUGUUUUUAACACCUCACUGCUCUUUCUGCAUUGUGAGCUCACAUUGUGUACGAAGAAAGAAAAAGAUCCUCAGAAAUUACCUAAGUGUGUGCUUCCUGAUGAAGCUUGCACCUCUCUGGAUGCGUCCAUGAUCUGGGCUAUGAUUCAGAAUAAGAAGACUUUCACCAAGCCCCUUGCUGUGAUCCCAGUGCUUAAAGAAACAGGUCCAAGCAUUAAGACAUCAAAUCCAGAUUCUCCCCCCAUUUUCCAUGGUUUGGACACCCUCACUGUAAUGGGCAUUGCAUUUGCAGCUUUUGUGAUUGGAGCACUCCUGACAGGGGCCUUGUGGUACAUCUAUUCUCACACAGGGGAGACAGCCGGAAGACAGCAGGUCCCCACCUCCCCACCAGCAUCAGAAAACAGCAGUGCGGCCCACAGCAUUGGCAGUACACAGAGCACACCCUGCUCCAGCAGCAGCACAGCUUAGCCAACCAGGCCACUGCCCCAGGAAGUGCAUGAUGGCCAACACCGCACCUCCAGACUCGGAAAGCUUGGUUGUGGUACCCUUGUAAACAGAGAAUUAAUUGUUAUAUAAAGAUCACCUGUUGUAUUUACCAUCCCCCACCCACCCAGGGCUAAUGUAAAUGUUUGUGAUCCCUGGGCUGUGUAACACACUAGAAUUCAUGUGAGAAAGCUAAGGUUGGUGGCCUUCCCACCAGCCCCUCACAGGCUUGGGGGUCUUCAAUGUGAAACACACAUAUAUAUAUUUUUUAAUGCUGCUUUGUCCAGGUAAGAACAUAAAUAACUUGGGGCCCUGAGUUUUACCCAAACUCUAGGAGUUGGUAAAGGAUAAUAGCCAGAUAGUUGAGCCCCGUGAGAUGUGGCCAAAGAUUCUUUUAUAACUGAACCAAGAUAUAAAACAAAAGAAACGCUUUAAGACUUUUUCAAGUUCCUCCUCCAUGUGGAAUUGCACCUUUAUCUGGAUGUACACUUUUCACCUGCUGCCAUACCCUGUGGGAACUGAAGUGCCAGCUUGAUGGGUGCUGCCCUCAGGGAGUGCAUCCUGCCAUCCAUCAAGGCAACAUUCCUUUCUUGUGCCCUGGGCCAAAACCAUGCUGAUUGUCUUUUCAGCGUCCUCCUCUCCCCCUCCCCACCCCUCCCUACCACCCAAGGAGUACGAAAGAGCAUCUUAAUGCAGAUGUCAUAUCCCUUUAGUAGACAUGUAGUAGGAAUUGAAAACAGCCAAAAUCUUAGACCAAAAAUGUGUACUUAUGACAUUCUGCCCUGUUACAAUUAGUUUAUAAAAAACUGGGACAACUUUCAGUUGUAAAGUUGAGGAGAAAUUUGCAUGGGGAGAUAUAAAUAUAAGUAUGAAAUUUAUCAUCUGGCACAUUUUCUCAGAUGAAGAAAAUAAUUUCUCUUCCUUGUAAAAAUGCCCUGCACCAUUAGAAUUGGGAUUUAUUCUUAAAUGUAUUUGGUAGAAUUUGUGUUUUCACUCAAAAUAUGCCAACUUAUUUAAUAGGCCCUUUUGGAAAAGCCAAGCUGUAGUAAGAUGUAGGAUUUUGCUCUGUCCCAGUUGGUUAUCUGAACAGUUUCACCAAUUCUGUCAGAAAA